AUGAGGACAACUUCUCCUAGGUUAGACAACGAUCGUCGGUGGGAGUCGUCUUUUCACGUCGACAUUCUGGAUUUCACCGACGGCUUGGAUGCAUCAGAGUUUUUGGAUUGUAUGGCUACGGUCAAGACCGUCCUCGAUUAUUCAGGGGGCCUUCAGUGGGUCUGUCUGUUUGAUAAGCAUGUGUCGACCGAGAAUGAGGGUCCGUCUGGAUUUUAUCACGAGGAAGUGAAAGCUGAAACGGGAGAUGUGAUUGGUGAUGGGUCCACGAUUAUGCUCAUGGCAUCUAAGGAUCUCCACCAAAGGAAUGGCUUCAUUAAACUCAUCCACUUAACUUCCAUCUAG